CGGGAGCCGGCAAUGACGCGGGUGGAGAUGGCGGACGAGGCGCUCUUCCUGCUGCUGCACAACGAGAUGGUGGCCGGGCUGCACCGCGCCGCGGAGCAGGGGGAGGCGGAGAACGGGCGCUGCAUCACGAAGCUGGAGAACAUGGGCUUCCGGGUCGGGCAGGGGCUGAUAGAGAGGUUUACUAAAGACACUGCCAGAUUCAAGGAUGAGUUAGACAUUAUGAAGUUCAUCUGCAAAGACUUUUGGACUACUGUAUUCAAAAAGCAAAUUGAUAAUUUAAGGACCAAUCAUCAGGGCAUCUAUGUACUUCAGGACAACAAAUUUCGUCUCUUGACUCAGAUGUCUGCAGGGAAACAGUAUUUAGAACAUGCACCUAAGUAUCUAGCAUUCACUUGUGGAUUAAUCAGAGGAGGUUUAUCAAACUUGGGAAUAAAGAGUAUUGUGACAGCAGAAGUUUCAGUAAUGCCUGCAUGUAAAUUUCAGGUAAUGAUACAGAAGAUGUAGAACAUGUUCGGAUAUGGAUGCCUCCGCCUUUUUAAAAACAUGUACAUUAAAUACCUUAGUUGAUUAGCUCUA